UCCGCGAUGUUCUGGGCAGCGAACGAAAACAGAACGGAAGCGUCAGAAAGGAGCGGGUGAAGUGGCGCGGUAGUUGCCAGGGCAUCUUUUUAGUGUCGGGCAGGGCUGGUUUGCUGAGGGCCCCAGAAGGCUCCUUCCACCGUAUCAUAGUCUAAUAAAUAAUUUUGUCAAGCCAGAGAAGCUAACAAAGGUGGAGACAAUCCUUAAAGAAAAGAUAGUGGCGGAAAUGACGGAUCUGAACAAGCAUAUAAAACAAGCUCAAAUCCAGCGGGAACAGCUACUGGAGGAAUACAGGGAGCUAUACCAAGAAAAGUUACUUGUCCAGGCUGAAAACAGGUUCUUUCUGGAAUACCUGACUAACAAAACUGAAGAGUACACAAAGCAACCUGAGAAGGUAUGGAACAGCUAUUUACAAAAAAGUGGAGAGAUUGAACGAAGAAGACAAGAAUCAGCCUCCAGAUAUGCAGAACAAAUUUCAGUGCUUAAAACAGCGCUCUUGCAAAAGGAAAAUAUCCAAUCCAGUUUGAAGCGGAAGUUGCAGGCAAUGAGGGACAUUGCUAUAUUAAAGGAAAAGCAGGAGAAACAAAUACAGACAUUACAGGAGGAGAAAAAGAAAGUCCAAGCUGAGACAGCUGCAAAGACACGUGAAGUACAGGCCCAGCUCCUCCAGGAGAAAAGAUUACUGGAGAAACAACUGAGCGAGCCAGACAGGAAGCUACUGGGAAAGAGAAAAAGAAGAGAGCUUAAUAAGAAAGCCCAGGCCUUGAAGUUGGCAGCAAAGCGGUCUAUUUUUGAAUACUCCUGUGGCCUCAAGAGAGAGAACCAGCAGUUCAAGAAGGAAUUACUGCAGCUAAUUGAGCAAGCCCAGAAACUAACGGCUACUCAAAGCUACUUAGAAAAUAGGAAGCAGCAGCUGCAGCAGGAACAGUGGUAUCUGGAGUCCUUAAUCCGGGGGAGGCAGAGACUGCAAGGAAGUCAUAAUCAGUGCCUAAAUAGACAGGAUGUUCCAAAGACCACACCCAGUCUUCCCCAAGGCACCAAAUCAAGGAUUAAUCCAAAGUAACUCCUCCUAAAAUAACACUGAUUAGAGAACUGGAGCAAGUACUCUUAAGUGCUACAUUAACCUGGUUAGGAAGGCUUUUGGAUUCCAGAUUGUUAUUGUAACAUCUCCAUCAUGAUGUGUUGGAGUGAAGGAUUAGAUGGUUUUAUCCAACAGUCCUAUUAGAUAUUUGGUAACCAGCUUCCCUUAACUAGUUUUUUCUUUAAAUACUCUCAUUAAUAAGAGAUUUCACAAACCUCUAGUUAACCUAACACAUGACCCUAACCUAGCCAUUUACCAUACAUCAAACUAACUAAAGGAAACCAACCCAAGGGAGUGAAAACAGUUGUGAUUUAUUUCAUCUAAAUUAGAUUUCUUUAUAGAGAAAAAGUACCUUUAAGGAUAGCAUUCCAAAUAGACUGAAUAGCAUUCUGCUCAGUAAAUAACCAGUAUCAGUUUAUCCUCAUUCCUUUUGACCGACUUAGCAGACAAAAGCAGUUUUUAUAAGCUUUUUGUAAGUUUGUGCCAGUGACCAGGUAGCUCCUUCUAGUUUUCUCAUGAGCGAAAAAGCAUUCUAAUAACAGCAAGUCCAGUAAGUGCUAGGCAGAGUGACCUUUCAUCUGAUGUGAAGCCCCUACAAGUUUAGCUUCAAGUAAAUUGAGAAGAGAAGAUGGAGACAUAUAUUAGGUCAGCUCUUACAUUUGAAAAUGUUUUCUUUGAAGAAACACAUGUAGCAUGGAGGUGAUUGAAUGCCUCCGCUUAUUUCAGGAAAAUGUAUCCAAAAAAAGUUGAAAUAUUUGGACUUUUUAAAAAGUGUCAUCCAUUUCCCUAGCAGCAUUCUAAAAGAUAGAAGUAACAUGAUGUUUAUUAUCCUAAGUGCUUUAGUUUUGGUAAUUUAUUAAUUUCUUACAGGUACUUUCUAAUACAUGAAGUAGCUUUUGUAAUUAACGCGUGCCAUGUUUAUUCCCAUUUAAUAGAACUAUAUAUUUUAAAUUAUAUAUUUUUAGGAUAGUUAUAUAUUUGGGGGGGGUUCUGCGACAUUGAAGUUGGACUAGUUAUUUGAAUGCUGAAUCCCAGUGUAGGAAUAUAAUCUCACAUUUUAAUAUGGGUCCUCUAUGGGAAAAUAGGAUCAACUUUGUUUCCCAGAAAUUGUUAGUGAUGAAAAACUUCAAAAUAAUUUUCCUGAAUUUUCAGCUUUAUUUACAUGUAAAGUGAAUUCCCUUAAAAUUGGAUUUAAAAAGGAUCCUCCUUCAAUAUGUCCUUCUAGCUUUAACAACUUUUCUGUUAAAUAUGUAAUUUAAAAAUGUUAUUAAAUAAAAACAUUUAUCCACUGAUUUUAUUACUGUUCCAAUGUAACACAUUGUCUACUUCAUCACUCUAUUACCACUCUUAAAU